AUGAGUAAAGAAAUUGCCAGCACAUACCUCCAGCUCAAUGAUGCUGAGAAAGCUGUUUCGAGUAUCGAGAGACUUAUGGAUAGUGUGGAUAUCAAGAUAGAAAAACUUCUUACUGAAGUUGAGGCCAUGUCUGAGGAAGCUGCUGCUAGCGGGGAUACUAGUAAGUUGGAAAGUCUUGCGUCAAAGGAUAAAGAAAUCGGAGAUUUGAUCAAAUUAACUGAAGAGUUGCGUGCCAAGAGUGAGAUUGAAGAGUCCAAGUUUCAGGAUAUUCAAAAGAAAAUUGAUGAUGUUAAUUGA